GCACGGCCACAUCGGACGGGAGCUGUGAGUCGAAACCGCAAACGCAAACGCGAACGAAAACGGAAUAUUAGCACAUCACAUCACUUCACGUCGCCGUCGCUCUGCUUAACCAAGUCAAAAAACCGAAACUGAAAGCGAACCGCUUACACAUCGCCCGUUGCGCUGUCCAUUCUCUAUCUUCUGUGCGCCAAAUCCAGCGGGCCAAAAUCAAUAAUCUGGUUGUGUGGUUUUCGCGGCUUUUUUUUUGUGUUUUCUUUCAAAAACAAUCAAUACCCGAAGAAUGGGCACAGAAACCAAGAGCAACAGUUACACAGGACAGAUUUCAACAAGUGGCGGCAACCCCAAAGUGAUGAAAGAUUCUUUAUCCUUAGUUCGUCAGACGGUCAAUCAGCAAUCGCAAUCGCAAUCGCAAUCAAACCAGGUCCAGAACCAAUUGAAUUCUAACUCUAAUUCGUAUCAGAACGAAAGCGAAAACGAGAACGAGCCCGAACUGAUUAAGCGUGAUAUUCGACCAAAACAGCAGGAGGAUAUAUCCAGAAAAGAGGCGAUUGUUCCCUUUGUUCCCAUAUUUGUUGAGGAGGCCGACGUGAUACAAGGGGCCAAGGAAUUGUUGAAGGUUAUUCGACCGACCUGGGACCUCAGCCACGUUGAGUUUAAGAGUUUUACCGAUGGCAUCACAAACAAGCUGGUCGGAUGUUUCCACAAGGAGAGCACCAAAUUGAGCCAUGAGAAUGGUGGCCCGUAUCUGCCGAUCAAGACGCAGGAGUCCGAGGAGGAGGAUACGGUCAUUAUCAAGAAGGAUGAUGAUGACGACGCGGCGGCUGAAAACGGCGCACCUGUACAGUACUCCGAUAACGUAGUGCUGGUCAGGAUAUAUGGCAAUAAAACGGACCUACUGAUAGAUCGCAAGGCUGAGACACAAAACUUUCUUCUACUGCAUACUUAUGGCCUAGCGCCAUCGCUAUAUGCCACGUUCAAGAACGGUCUCGUCUACGAAUACGUACCUGGAACCACCCUAAAUACUGACAGUGUGCUUUGCCCAGAGAUAUGGCCUCUGGUCGCCCGUCGCAUGGCCGAGAUGCAUCGCAAGGUGAAGAAGCACAGGGAAAGCUCGGCGACCAAGCCAUUGCCGAUGAUUUGGAAGAAGACGCAGAGCUUUCUUGAUUUAGUACCUGAACGUUUUAGUGAUGCUGAAAAACACAAAAGAGUGAAAGGAACGUUUCUACCUAUCAGCCGACUACGCGAUGAGUUCAAUAAGCUCUACGAAUACCUGGAGGCUCUGGACAGUCCAAUUGUCUUCUCCCACAACGACCUACUGCUGGGCAAUGUCGUCUACACGAAGAGCCUGAAUACGGUGAACUUUAUUGACUAUGAGUAUGCCGACUAUAACUUUCAGGCAUUCGACAUUGGCAAUCACUUUGCGGAGAUGUGCGGCGUUGAUGAGGUGGAUUAUUCCCGCUACCCAAAGCGUGACUUUCAGUUAAAGUGGCUGCGCGUCUACCUCGAGAAAUACCUUCAACGUAGCUACAUUCAGAACGAGGAGGUCGAGCUGCUUUACGUCCAGGUCAACCAGUUUGCACUGGCAUCCCAUAUUUUCUGGACGGUGUGGUCCCUGUUGCAAGCUGAGCAUUCCACUAUCGAUUUCGAUUACGUAGGCUAUGCAUUUCUUCGUUACAAUGAGUACUUGGCUCGAAAGGAGGAGUUUUUAUCAUUGACUGCGGCAAAGAACAAUAAGUGAUUUCUUUCUCUCUGUCUCCCUCUCUCUCUCAUUGGGGGGAAAAAAC